UCGGUAGAAUCGAGCAGUGCCACACACCACACGCAGCGAAUUCAAUUCGAGAAUGGAAGGAAUAAAAGUAGUCGAAGUCGACGUCCAAGACCCCUGACGUCGUCUCCUUUUUUUCCUGCGCAAAACUCAGCACACUGAUCCUGAUUACUCGUGUGCGUACGUGACUAUUAAAACCAAUAAAAGCAUCGAAGGAUACGGGAUGACGUUUACUCUGGGUCGCGGAACGGAAAUCGUGGUACUGGCAUGUAAAACAAUGUCACGGUUAGUAUUGGGAGUAAACGUCCAGGAUAUAUACAAAGACUUUGCAAGCUUCUGGCGGAAACUGACGAGCGAAUCUCAGUUGCGAUGGAUCGGUCCCGAAAGAGGAGUAACUCACUUAGCAACAGCUGCGAUCGUCAAUGCUCUGUGGGACCUGUGGGCGCGUAUCGAGAAAAAACCACUGUGGAAGUUGCUCGUCGACAUGACCCCCGAACAAUUGGUAUCAACCAUUGAUUUCCGAUACAUCACUGACGUAAUCAGCAAAGAAGAAGCGAUCAAUCUACUAGAAUCUCAACACCAAACGAAAAAAACUCGCGAAUCUACCCUUUUAAAAACCGGCCUCCCAGCUUAUACCACUCAAGUAGGUUGGCUAGGCUACAGUGACGAGCAAGUCCGUAGUCUCUGCACCAAAUACUUGAGCCUCGGAUUCACGGCUUUUAAAGCCAAAGUCGGGCAAAAUCUGAAAGACGACAUUCGUCGAUGCAAACUUAUCCGCGAGGCGAUUGGUUACGACAAGAAAUUUAUGGUGGACGCUAACCAGAUCUGGGAAGUCGAAGAGGCGAUAGAUUGGAUGAAAAAACUCGCGGAAUUCAAGCCAAUGUGGAUCGAAGAACCUACCUCACCGGAUGAUGUCUUGGGACAUGCCAAAAUCGCACGCAAAUUGAAGCCAUUGGGUAUCGGCGUGGCGACUGGUGAGAUGUGCGCAAACAGGGUGAUAUUUAAACAAAUGUUACAAGCGAAGGCGCUCGAUUACUGUCAAAUCGACUCGGCGAGGAUUGGUGGUGUCAACGAGAUACUGGCAGUUUACCUGAUGGCUAAAAAACUCAGCGUGCCCGUGUGUCCACAUGCCGGAGGAGUCGGUCUCUGCGAGAUGGUGCAACACUUGCAGAUGUGGGACUACGUGAGUCUUAGCGCUAGCACCGAGAAUAGACUCAUUGAAUACGUCGAUCAGCAACACGAACACUUUGAGAAUCCCACAUGUGUUGAUAAUGCACACUACAUGCCACCUAGUGAACCUGGUUACUCCACAAAAUUUAAAGAUGAUAGUCUUACAAAAUUUGCCUAUCCCAAUGGUACUGAAUGGCAGCGCAUGUUCCAUGAAGGCAUAUUUCCUGUACCCACAGAUUGAACGAAUAUGACU